GCUCACAUUAUUCUUUUCUUUUCUGGUGGCUCGAGUGGGUCAUUUACGAUUCUCGAUAUCUGUUGAUGUAAAACUAGACUUAACUCAACACAUACACAAAAAAAACACAGAUGAUCUGUUAGUCGGCUGUAAAAACUUGAAGAAGUGAGUUAGUUCUUGAAAAGGACAAGUACAAAAAAUAUACCCACUUGGGAAAGGUAAGUGAAUUGAGUGACUGAGGAAGUGAGCGAAUGAGCAAUGAGCAACUGAGCAAAUGAGAAAAUGAGCAACUGAGCAAAUGAGCAAAUGAGCAAUGAGUAAUAAACAACGAGGAACUGAGCGACCGAAAAGGUAAAGUACCAUUAAAAUGCGGAAACUACCUAGUACGGCGGAGAGGCAUCGCGGCGUCGGGGAGUCACGGUUAUCUCGAGGAAAGAAGGAAAGGAGGAAAAAGGAAACCAGACCUAAUCGAGAAAUAUAUUUACCUUUCCAUCCCCAACCCACAUCCCGGGUCCCACCAUCCCACCAUCUCACCAUCCUACCAUCUCACCAUCCUACCAUCUCACCAUCCUACCAUCUUACUAUUCCAUAAUUCGAAACCGCCACGUAUAAGGAACUUCAACCCCCAAAGAAAGAUAAGUACAAAAAAAAUAAAACCCCAAAAAAGGGAAGUACAAAAAAAAGAAAAAGAAAAAGACGGUUGCGUCUUUUAGCUUGUUCAGAAGUGCGGUUAUAUUUGGAAACUUGGGCGUGACAAGGGGAAACUAAGCCCAAGUAUACAAAACUAAUACUAAUUCCCCCAUUUUCCCUGAGGAUUCAGG